AAGACACGUGAUUUUUUGUUGGACGUACUGAACGGGCGCGAUUGGACGGUGAAGUAUGUGGUGCUGUCGUGGUUCGAUGAGUGUUUUGAAAAACCGAAAAGACAGAUCCCUGAAGUUCUUUUCAAGUCGAUAUCCGAAGAACGACAACACAACUUCGAGUCAAUCUGCGUGAAUUUCGACAGUGCACCAGUGGAGUGCUUUUUCAGAUCAAUUUUCGAACUCGGCGUUCUCUCACCUCAGUUGGCCAAUCAAUUCCUAGAUGAUGGUGUAUCGGUGAAACCGGCGGAUAUCGAACUGAAUGUGAAGAUAGCGAUGGCGUUUAUUGACUCGAUGCGAGUGGGCACUCCGAAUGAUCGGUUGUUGGCGACGUGUGAUGUGCUCGAUAAACUGUUGAACGUGCUCGACCCGUCGCUCGAAUUAAAUCCAGUCACAUUUUACAAUCAGUCAACUGUUUAUGGUUUACGUCUGGUAGCAUCAUUGAAGAUUUUGGGUGAUGCUGUGAUUCUGACUCAGCGAGAUGUCAAAAAGGAGCCGAGUCGAAGGAAUCGAGAUAUAUCAGAGAAGUUGUUAUCGGUGUGGUGUCAGCGAGCGAAGUCGCAUAUUGAACGUGAACUGAUCGAUUUGCGUAGAAGUCGUCUACGUUAUGUUCCAAAUAUAAGAGAUCCACUUCCCAUACCAGAUGAUGUUAAGAUCGAUCGAUUGUGUAGAGUUAAAACUGAAUUGGCGGAAUUGUUCUCGAUUGCAGUUAUGAUCAGUAAAUGUGUUGACGAGGAUGGUACAGUCUAUGCUUUCGCCAAAACUUCUGCGCAUCCGUCCGAUCUGUCAGCUCAGACUCAGGUUGCUGAUCCGUCGGCUCAAACUAGGACUGCUGAUCCAUCUGAUCCGUCGGCUCAAACUCAGAUUCCUCAAGCUCAUGCUCAGUUUCGGACUGGUGCCUUUGGUGGUGAAAAUGAAACUGCUGAAACAAUUCAAGCGUUCAGGCGCAAUUCAGAUACGGAUUAUGAGAACCGUCAGGGUUUUGGUCAGAAUAAUUAUUAUAAAGAUAACCGUGCGCAAUAUGAUGACCAUCAGCACACAUCAGUUUCGAAUACACUCUUCGAGAUGAACAGUGAAAGUAUGUGUCAACGAUUUCAUUGA